UUCCAUUGCCCACGCCUGAGAGGAGCGGCAAAUACCAGCAGGUCGGUCUUUACCCGGCCGUCUAUCGGAGUCUCUCGCCUUGGAGCGCGGAGUAUGUCUCUUCCCCACGACCCCUCAGACUCUUCGUUCCGGUCAUGUUUCGGUGGACCCUUCAAUCCAUAAAAUCAGAGGUUGUGCCGCCGGGCCAGCGAGAACGGACAGGCCAUUCGCUGCAAACCUUCCGGCCGGUCCUGUGUCGAGCCAGGCAAGGGAUGAGAAGAUGCACCGAAUUGGCCCAAGGAAUCCUGGGCAGGACCAUUGUCGAAAACGGAACAAAGCGCUGCAGCAAGAUGCAGCAGGUCCGACGCAGACGCGGGUCACAGGUUGCAGUGGUGUGCAACUGGGCCAGUCUGCGACUCUCCGCCAAGGUCCAAGGUCAACAUUCCGCCAAGAUCGCAAGAGAGCCACCGGACGGAAAGGAAAAGCGGGGGUUGGGUCCUCCAGGAAGCGUGCAAGAUCUUCCUGCGUCUCCGCCAGAGGCCUCCGCUUCAAAGGUCACUCCUCUCUCGGGCACGCCGUCUCCUCCAAAGGCCAAGACUUCUGCCCAGCACUGUGGCACUCUUCCCAAUAUCUCCACGCAUUCCAUACGGAUACAUCGAGCCAGAGUGCCAGGCUCUCUCUUUCUCUGGGCGUUUGAGCCAAGCUCUGCUGGUCUUGUCCUCCGAUGGGCCCCUUCUGGCCACCGUCUUGACCGUCUUGUCGUUCCGUCUCGCUACCUCGAAAGGCUCCAGGUGCUCGAUAUCGGGGCCCCAUGCCCUCCCCUGACUCGGGCCUCCGAGUACCCCCCCACGGCUCCGGUCGACGUUCAAAUGAGGCCGGCCCUGUCAGCAGUUUCACAGGCACAAGCUCGCGCUUCCUGAUCAUAGGCACCUGCCGAUCUAACGGGCCUGGGCAUGGCACCCAACGGCAUCCCGACUUCGCUAGCGAAGCUGCCAUGAUGAUAGCUUUGGCGGAACACCCAAUCUUAUUUCCCACAAUCCGCCCGUCGAAUUUACCGCCUCCGUACGGAGUAGUCGGUUCGGAGCACGUCCCCCUGCCACAAUGACGAAAUGGUUCAUUUCUGGCCCGUUAUCCAAGCAGAGCCAACAGCGACCGCAAGCAGGCCAGCAAGCUUAGGCUUCAAGCUCCCUGCGGCCGGCGAGAAAGAAGUCAUCAAA